ACGGUGCCGGGUUGAUUUGUAGGGUCCUUUACGCUGCACCCCCAGUGUCCACGCGUCGGAGCAGGACCAGUUUUUUUUACAAUUAUUAUUUUUCAUUGUUUCCUCCCCCAAUGUGUUCAGUUUUCUUGCAGAUUAAACAUUAUACCGCGGAACGAAUCCCCGGCAAUAGCACGGUAAUGAAGGCUAUUCUACGCCUGCAGCACCCAGAAGUGAACAGUAGGCGACCCGGAAGGUCUGAUUAACUCGGAUUGAAGGCAGGCAGAAAGAACAUCUUAACCUUUUAUAAUAUAUAUUUAUUUUAAACCUGCAAUCGAAUUCCCAGGAUGGCCGAGCCUCGGUUUAACAACCCAUAUUUCUGGCCUCCACCACCUGCCAUGCCUGGACAGCUAGACAAUUUGGUGCUGAUUAACAAAAUCAAGGAGCAGCUGAUGGCCGAGAAGAUCCGGCCUCCGCACCUGCCCCCCACCACACUCCCUUCCCAGCAGCCUCUGCUGGUGCCUCCAUCGUCCUUGGAUGGUGGACAGCAUGCGAUUCCGGUCCCAAAAUUCCAGCAGGUGCCUGCUCUUCACUCCCACAGCCCAUCCCAGCCUGAUCUCGCUCUGCACACCCGCCCUACCUCCAGCACUCUGUCAGGUCUGUCACUAGCCUCUCGAACCUCAGAGGCCACAACCCCAACCACGCCCAUCUGCAGCAGCCAGAGCCGAAUGGGCGGAGCUGCGUCUCCCAACAUCAUCUCAGGACUGGCCAGCCACCCUGGCGUGGAAUCCUUUAAGAACUGUGCGGGCCUGGCAGGCCUGUUGGGCCCACCCCCAAAGAUGGAACGCGGACGCAAGAAGAUCAAGGCAGAGAACCCCUCUGGCCCCCUGUUUGUGGUGCCCUACCCCAUUCUUGCCUCAGGCACCGAAGGAACUAUCCCCAUGAAAGAGGGGAAGACCUACAGGUGCAAGAUGUGUCCCCUGACCUUCUUCUCCAAGUCUGACAUGCAGAUCCACUCAAAAUCCCACACAGAAGCCAAGGCACACAAGUGUCCGCACUGUUCCAAGUCCUUCGCCAACGCGUCCUACCUGGCCCAGCACCUGCGCAUACACUUGGGUGUCAAGCCCUACCACUGUUCCUACUGUGAGAAGUCCUUCCGGCAGCUCUCACACCUGCAGCAGCACACCAGAAUUCACACCGGGGACCGGCCCUACAAGUGUGCUCACCCAGGCUGUGAAAAGGCUUUUACCCAGCUCUCCAACCUCCAGUCCCACCAGAGGCAGCACAACAAAGACAAACCGUACAAGUGUCCGAACUGCUACCGGGCUUACUCAGACUCGGCGUCCCUGCAGCGCCACCUGUCGGCCCAUGCCAUCAAGAACGCCAAGGCGUACUGCUGCAGCAUGUGCGGACGGGCAUACACGUCGGAGACCUACCUGAUGAAGCACAUGUCUAAACACACGGUGGUGGAGCAUCUGGUCACCCACCACUCCCCUCAGAGGACCGAGUCUCCCAGUAUCCCUAUCCGUAUUUCCCUAAUCUGAUUGGACCAUGCCGUGCCAUGCCCCCCUCUCACCACGCCCCCAGCCACUCUGAUUGGACCAUGCCCCCCUCUCACCACGCCCCCAGCCACUCUGAUUGGACCAUUCCCCCCUCUCACCACGCCCCCAGCCACUCUGAUUGGACCAUUCCCCCCUCUCACCACGCCCCCAGCCACUUUCACCCUUAGUGAAGCAGCCCCAAUCCCAGCACAAUUCAGGCCCACAUCCACAUUCUCACCCUCCUCAUUAGGUUUUGAGGGCAACCCUUACAGGUUUGUCCUAAGAUGUUCCUUGAUCCCAGUGGUGUCACCCCCCAAUGUGAGGCCUUCAAACAUGUUCUAGACAGUAUUUUUACUUCAUAAUUAUGGAAAAAAUAAGCUAUUGAAAAGUAUUUUCUUUAACCCCUUUUCCCCUCAAGGUUUGUAUCCAAGGGGAAGAGUUGGCACCUCCAAAGAUUAUUUUACAGCACUUUCAGGCCAAGUGUGAAAGAAACCGGCCAAAAAAAAAAAGAGUUAAAUAAAUAAAACAUUCUUUGGGCAGCUAAAUUCUAAGCAUGGGAAUUAUGAAAGAAACAGAGGCUCUACCCUGUACACUUUCUGCUUUGUUUACAUGUUGCAUAAGGACAAUUCUGCUAAGACGACACUCGUUCCCUGGCUUCCGAACAGCCAAACUUUACAUCUUGUUCCACUCCAAAGAGUCCUUGCUUCUCUCACACCAUUUCACUCCUGUGGAUUCUCUGUCACUGUGUACAGAUCAUUACUGUUGUGUAACAGAUCUAGAAUAUGCAGUUAAAAUGGAAAAAAAAAACUUUUUUAACUUAAAAAUGUAUCUCUUUUUAAAAUACAUCUAUUGACUUUUCUUCUCAAAACAUUUUGACCUUCCAGUGUCGAAGCAGACUGUUCCUUAUGUACUGGGAUGUGUCGUCGUCCAUAACUGGUCACAGUUCUCAUAUAGCCAGCAGAACCUCAGCCGAAGAACCAUUCCCCCCCCCCCCAGCACCCCCAGUAGGAUGCUCUCAAUCCAACCACAGCCUGGAUGCAACCCACUGACUGACCCAGGUACCUGAAAGCAGGACUCCAACCUGGAGCAGCCGUAGGUGCCGUCAGAGUGCAGCUUUCUGGUACUUCCCUGCUUUCCUGCUUUGCCUGGUUACACUGUGCAGGUUGUGGCGCCAGAAGAUAGCAGUUAAAAACUGGUUGGUUUGGGGGGGAAAAAAGAAUCAGCGUGUUAUUGGGCCAAACACACGCAAAAUACAGCGACGGGCCUGCAGUGUCCCGGCCCUGAUGUUUAAACCUCAGAGCUCUCUAUGCCAAGAAUUACAGACCGUGUCUCCUAACUCUGCCUUUGUUUUCAUGAAUUAAAUGGGAACAUGUGUGUUUGUUACCGAGGUAACUUGCACCCAUUUUUUUUAUUUAAAAAUUAGUGUGUUUCUGCUUUGGGGUGUCCUGUUAAGUUUGUAUAGAUAUGUUUGUGUAGAAACAGACGACCAUAUCUUAUUACCCAUUUAUUCAUGUCCAAAUAAUAACAAUUCACCUUUAUUUUAUACAUGUGUAAGCCUUAAUUGUAUUACCAUUGUAUAUUUUUUCCAGGUUUUGUUUGUACUGUAUGUAUUUUUAUUCCUUAGCAUGAAUACAUUGUAAAAUACAUAACUGUUAUUAUCCAUUUUCUAUAUGAAAUUGAUUAUAUAUGUCUAGUUAUUAAAAAUGCAUUUUCCUUUGUCCUG